AAACAUUACUCCAGUUUCUAUGCAAUGACUUAUCGGAUGAAAAGCUCCUCUUAGCUGAUGCCUCCCCCUCUAGGAACAUUGAAGAAACGCUGGUCAACGUUUGAAUUGCCAAUUUUGCCAUUUCUAGCACCCCGAGUCUUCAAACCAUGGCCUUGCGACACACGCAGGAUUUACCACCAGGGACAAGCAAUCGAGAAGAGGCCAAAGAUUGUUCGAGACGUUGCACAUCUUCGAUCAAAGCAUCGGAACUAUGGGCACCAAUCGAGAGAACAAGUAAUCGAUUUCAGACAGGCGGAUGGCAUCUUGGGAGCAUAUGGGUCGGCGCAAGAACAGAUGAUGUAUCAGGGUGGCAUACGACACGACGAACAAGCAAAGAAGUCAAAGGGGGUCAGUACACCUCGCCGAAAGCUAGAAGAGACCGAAAAUGAGGAAUUUCUGCGCCUUUUCUCAGAAACGUGGCAUACUCCUCUUGCCCCAGAAGUUAGAAAGCCUCCAGAAGAUAUGGGACCGAAGCUCGCACGCCGCACUCGAGGCAGUUCCCACGUAGUACUAGGUUUCAGAAGACUGGCAUUUGGCCCUCUCAAAGCUGCAGCUCGGGAUGUACCGAGGGAACAGAAGAAGCGUCGAAAAGCCUUAAGACGGAGGAUGUUAAAACUCAGAGUUGAUGCGGAAGUUGAAAGGCUCAGAAUUCCGCAGACUCGACCAAGAUAUAUAAGCCUACAAUUAAGGGGACGCUACAGGUUUCCAUGGUCCUAUGGGGAGUGGAAUCAACGCUUCACAAUCCUCAAUCUCCGUCAUGAGAAGUUCAUGCGAAGCAUAAAAAUACCGCGAGAAGUCAAAUUUCAUGCCCGUCGACCCACUGUCAAAUUGCCGACAGCUAUUGAGCAGGCUUUAUCUCAAGAUACUCCAACAGUGUCCUUUCGCCUAAUCUGGGAAAAUCUCGAGAGACGCACGAGAUCAGUCAUUUGGCCAGAAGUCAUGUUGAGAGCUAUGGAAAACCGACCUCAGAGCGCUUUGAACAUCGUUGAAGCAACUUUCAUGAACCCUUUUCCUCCCGCCUUCGCCGUGGCCGAUUGUCUUCAAUUUAUCAUCUCAGACAAAUAUUCUCACCCACUAUCCGACGAUUUCAAAGACCAUUCUCGAUUCGUGAACAGAGUUCGAACGCUUCUCUAUCUAGGCGCUCAGAAGCGAGUGUAUCUACCUCAGCAUUCGAUACAUAGUCUGAUGUCCCAUCUAAAGGCAGCUGAGGUUAUGCGGUUUUAUAUUACUUUGAAACAGGUCAAUCACCCACUGCACGAGAAUACUUUGCUUCAAUUCGCAUCAAAACUUAGUAAAUCGGGAUCGGCGGGCGUUCUUGCAAGUCUGAACAUUCUGGAGGGAAUGAAGGAUGCAGGUUGGCCUCUAAAUACACCGAAAGCAUUAAGUGUGUUCAGUACCAUGCUGAAGAGAUUUGAUCGAGACUCAGAUGCUCGCCAGCUCGAUUCAAGAAUCCUUGAUUUCAUGAUGAGUAGUGGUGUUUCUCCAAAUAUCAUUACUUAUAAUAUCUUGUUGCAUAAUUCCAUUAGAGAUGGAGAGUUCGAGACAGGCUGGAACAUAUACGACAUGAUGAUGGAGAACGAUGUUGAGCCUGACGCCUACACGUACUCCUCUCUCCUGAACGACGCUAAAAAUCGAAUGGAUUCAGAAGCUAUCAAAAAGGUGAUCGGCAUUGUUAAAGACAAGGGAAUACGGAACGGGCACAUUAUAACAGAUGUCCUUCAUGCCAUUUUCCUCCUUCAUAGGGAUCGUACGACCAGGAUUCCACAAUUUUCCGAACGUCACGAAACAGUGGUUAAACCCGCCUUUGAAAGCAUGCUUCAAGUCUACUGCGAAUACUUCGAUACUCGACAAUUACGAAGUCUCCUUCCCUCCUUCACGUCCAGGUACUCCGACGUGGUCCAGUGUCUAACGAGCUCUCAACAGCGUCCCUCUGUUCCAACCUUAGUUGUCAUGAUUACUGCUUAUCUCGCAGGUCUGGGGAACCCAGUGGGUGUGAGGCAGUUCUACCUUCAUUUCGUCAAACUCCUCGAAUCGAGAGACUCGGUUGCUAUUGAAGUAGCAAAGACGACGCACAUCUGGAGUGUGAUCAUUAUGAAUUUGAGCCGGUUUAGUGAUGGACUAUCAGACUGUCCAGAAGUUGUCGGAACUAUGCUCUCUAACACCAAAUUACCGCCUCACUUUAAUGCUGGACACGAAGAUAACGAUGCUUCCCUUCUGGAUCCUCUGCAACCUGGCUUCAAUGCCCGACUCGCCAACUCUUCCACCAGAUUGAAACCCCGCUCAGCGGCUAGCAGAAGAGGAUCGACACUGCCCAAAAUGCCACAGCUUUCGCAAGAAGGCUCGUCUCAUGGCAGCUCUGCCAUUCCAAAUGUCUUCAUAUGGUCAAUACUUCUGAAGAUCUUCAUGGAUUACCAACAGCCUCGAGCAGCUGAAAAGGUUCUCGAAAUGAUGAAAGAGCGUGGCGUAGAGCCCAAUAUGAUCACCUGGAACACACUUGUUGUCGGAUAUUCCAAGAUGCAGGCGAUUCUUGAUACAGUGGAUGUCCUUCGACGAAUGGAAGAUGCUGGCUUCAGUCCUGACGACGUCACCAUGAGAGCAUUGUCCAAAUUGAACGACAAACGAACAACGAUUGCUGCUUUGGAGAUGAAUGAGCGCUUGAGAGCACAACGUGGAAAGCAGGAGAAGGAAGAUCUUGCCCAAUAUGCCGAGGAGAAUGAGGAGGGAGAAUUUGAUAGUGAUGAUCUAAUCAAGCAAUGGGACGAGGUCGGUAGCCAGUACAGACCAAAGCAGGGAUAGAAGGGGACGCAACGACAGCCGAAGAAGCAGGAAUGAGACCGGAGAUCACAAGACGAAAGCCAGGAACGGAACAGCCUCGACGGGUGAUUGGGGUCUCCAUCGUAUUUCAAUGUAUCAGUUAUAGAUAUGUAUCCCCUGGAAGCCAAUUCUCUGCAUCUCUUUGAUCGAGAUCUCAAAGUUGUCAACCUAUGAAUUUGUAUUCUCUUCGAAGCAAAUAACCGCAUCGAAGUUACAAAGCACGCACUUGUCAUAAGGUAUAC